UUUCGCUAUGAAUCAUCUUGCCCGUUCCUUUUCUUCGACGGCAUCUUUGCUAUUUUCUGGAUUUCGUGUUUCUUCUCGACCUCAUUCUCUGUUAAAACCGCCUUCUGUCGUUCGUCCCCUAUCUUUCCCCCCGAGUCGCAUACCUACUACCCCGCGAACCAUGUCAACCUCAACUUCGGGUCCUGAUUCCAGGCCCAUCUUCUUCUUUGAUAUUGACAACUGUCUUUACUCCAGAGAAUGCAAUAUCCACGAUGAGAUGCAAAAGUUGAUCAAUCAAUUCUUCCGAAAACACCUCUCCCUCUCCGCUGAAGACGCCCAUAUGCUACACAUGAAAUACUACAAAGAAUACGGUCUUGCUAUCGAAGGUCUCACCCGCCACCAUAAGAUCGACCCCCUCGAAUUCAACCGCGAAGUCGACGAUGCACUGCCUUUGGAUACAAUCUUGAAACCGAACCCGGGACUGCGGAAGUUGCUCAAGGAUAUCGACCGCAGCAAAGUCAGGCUGUGGCUGUUGACGAACGCAUACGUCAAUCACGCCAAGCGGGUAGUUAAGCUCUUGCAGGUGGAAGACCUGUUUGAUGGUGUUACCUUCUGUGACUAUGCGCAGCUUCCUUUGAUUUGCAAGCCGAACCAGGCGAUGUACGAAAGAGCGGAGAAAGAGGCCGGGGCGUCGCCAGGGCAAAAGUCCUACUUCGUCGACGACUCCCACUUGAACUGCGUACAUGCUGCGAAGCGCGGCUGGGUCACCGCCCACCUUGUCGAACCUAGUCUCCCCUUGCCUCCCACCCCAGCAUCACAAUAUGUGAUCCGGGACCUGGAGGAACUGAGAACAUGCUUUCCGGAUUUGUUCAAGAGUUGAUAAGGAGGUCAACUGAUAGAUUUCCGACUAUAGAGACCUCAAAUUAGAUAUUUUGGAUGAUUUGUACUUGGUGCGAU